GAGGGAUCUGUAAAAAGCAAAAAGAAGAAAGAGAAGAAAUCUAAAAAGAAAAAGGAGAAAAAAAAGGGCAAGAAGGAGAAGAAGACAGCAGGAGCAGACGAUGGCUCUAAAGACAGCUCAGAUGACUCAGAGGGGGAGUGGGUGGAGGCUCCGGCGCAGACACGAGCUGCUAAAGCCUGGAAACUUCCUGAUGAGUCCAAACCCUCAGAGAGCAGCGUCAGCACAGCACAGAGCGUCGAGAGAGACGAAUGGAUGACGUUUGACUUCCUGGCAAUGAAAACCACGUCCACAACAGAGAAGAGGGCUGAGAAAGAUCGCCUGAAAGAGGAGGAGAAGGCGAAGGCUCUGUCCAUCGAACAGGUGUGUUUUUAUUUCUGA